AUGCGAUUGACUCACACCUAUUAUAGUGGCCGUUGUUCUCAUCCCUGCUCGCCAUUAAUAAACGUGUUUCUGCUUGAAAUAAGCGUUUGAAACAGCAGAGCUUGCUGUUUUGAGAUUGGGGAUUACAGAAAGGAACCUGGCAACCCAGGCUGUCAUUUUUCCGGCGCGGGAAAAUUGUAAACAGAGAAAUAAGAAGGAAGGACAUGGACGGAAUUUAAAUCUAACUUUAUUCUUGUGUCCAGCCUGCAGAGAUGUUCUUAGACGCUAAAGCAGCUAAUAAUUGCUAAACACCAACACGCUUUCGCUGCUAAUGUUUGAAAAGUGAGAGAAAAGACGCCGCGUUUAUAACGUAAACUAGCUGCGGCAGCACAUUAAACGACGUGCGGUGUUAGAAAGUCAAAUUGUGAACCCGGUGAAGUAAUUGUAAAUAACUUAUCAACCCUGUGGUCACCAUGGAUCGCUACAAUGAGGUAAAAAUCCUGCUGAAAGGCUGGGAGCAGGGGUUCGUCAAACAGCACCAGAGGAAACCUAACAAGGACGACAUUGACCAGGCUCCAGAAGAGACCAGGAAGUUGUAUAAAGAGUACCGCAGUUUGAAACAAGCCAAAGAGAACAGCAGCAGUGAUACAGCCAGUCACACUGAAGCCACAGCUGAGCGCAACAAAACCCAGAAGGAGUCAGACUGUUGGGGUGCCCAUUUGAAUCGCAGUGCAUUACCAGUGGCUCCUCCCAGACUGACAUCUGAGGACAGAGACAGUCUCAAGGCUUCCUCUCAGUAUUAUGGCCUAAAGCUGAAAAACAACCUGGCUUCUCUCAGUAAGGAGAGACCUGCCUCGCUGAAGAAAUCGUACUUUCCUGGUCGGGUUCCUCUGAACUCCUUGAAAGAUGGAGAAACCGUAAGAACAAACAGCCCCAGUUCUGCUUCUGCCUCCGCAAAGAUCACAGCUGACCCUGAAUCUAGCCCCUUCUCACCAAGAAGAAUUAAGCCAUUCCUGGGAUCCCUGGCUUCAAAGACAUUUCAUCCAGUGGAGCCUGAGGAGCCGUUUGAACCAUUUGAACCCGUCAGACAGUCCAGUGAUGGACCUGCAGAUGCUGCUAGUGAUAGUAUUAGUAGCAGCAUUAAUUCACAUCUUGGUGCCUCCACUUUAGCUCCUUCUCCAGCCAGAUCUUCUGCCUUCUUGUCAUCUUUAUCUCCUUCAUGUACUGUAGGAUUUCCUAAAGAAGAUGCCACAGUCACAGAAAAGUUUAAUGAAAGUAGAGGAGCUUCGGGAGAAAAUCCAGAGACGUUAGGAACUCCAUGUCGGGAUUUUGAUACUGCAGGUGUUGAAACUUCAGUUGGCUUUAAAGGAAGCCCGCAGAUUGUUCGAGGUUUUAGGGGAGGAAUCGUAGGUAAAGGCUUCAGAGGAAGACCCUCUCCUGCCAGCAGGCUGAGCUUUGUGGACAAGCAGUGGCUGGAGAGAUGUCAGGUGUUUGGAGAGAUGGAAGCUGAGGAGAGGCCUGGAGCUGGCAACCAGGAGAUCAAUGUGGAGAAAGCAGCAGAGAAAGAAAAGGAACGAGAAAUAGAAGAGAAAAUACAAGGAGGUGAUGGAGUAGGAAAAGAGGAAUCACAAAGAAAAGGAUCACCAGACUUGGGAAGAGAUAAAACAGCUGCACUGAAAUCUGCUCAACGACAUGCUGGAAAAGGAGGAGAAGAGAAGGAGAAAAGAAAGAGAGGUGAGGAGGAGGAAAAAGGACAGACAUCACUUGAAGAUGACACUGAGAAUGGUCAAAAAUCCAAAGGUACAAAGAAGAGAGGGAGGAAGAGGCAGAGAGAGGGGGAUGACAUGGAUGGAGAUGCUGCAGAAGAAGAAGGAGAGAAAAAGAGGCGAAGGAACAAUAAAAAGAAAGAGGAGAGCCCUGAUGUAAACCCCAGCUCAGGUCAGGGAGGAGCAGGGAAGAAAAAGAGAAGCAAGAAUAAAGGAGAAGAGGAUGGUGAAGAGAAGAAAGAAACCAAGGGACCGAAAAAGAUGCCCCAAGAGAACCUGUUAGGAGAAAUAGACGAGGAAUUUGGACUGAACAGAACGUAUCGGACGCAGUCUGUCAGAGCCAGAGUUGCGAAAGGCGUGGAGGGAAACUUUGUGAAGAUAAAUCUAAAGAAGAAAUCUCAUGUCAAAGGGUAUGCACUGAGAGGAGUCGGUCUCCGCAAACAGUUGUACAUGCAGAAGUUCCAGCUGAAAGGAGAGCGCUUUGGUGGAGGCGGCGGAUAUUUUGGCAGAGGAAGGCGAGGCGGCUUCAGAGGGGGAUUCAAUCGACAGGGCGACACCUGCUACAAGUGUGGAGGGACCGGACACUGGGCGAUCGACUGCAAGGGGCGAGCUCCUCCACCUCCUGUUCUUGACGACAAAGCGGCUGAAGAGGAGCCAUUUGAGCUGCCCACGCUGGAGGAUGUCGCCAGGGCGACGGGAACGCUGCGACCUCAGCCACUGGGGGCGUCUCCCAGCAUCAAAGAGGAGCAACAGGAAAAGAUGGCGGACGGUAACCGUAGCGACGAGGUGCUGCUGAAUGUGAUUCGUCCCGACUAUGAACGUCCCGCUCCUCCACCUCCAAUGGAGCCGCUUUAUCGUCCCACAGAAGAUGGGAAAGUUCAGGAAACACCUGAUGACGUGUAUUCUGCUCUGAGAGAACUUGGCUAUCAGUCGUUUAGAGCAGGACAGGAGGAAGCCAUCAUGAGGAUCCUCUCAGGCCUCUCUACCCUCGUAGUCUUGUCUACAGGGAUGGGUAAAUCAUUGUGCUAUCAGCUCCCAGCUUAUCUGUAUGCUCAGCGAUCAAAAUGCAUCACUUUGGUCAUUUCACCUCUCGUCUCUCUAAUGGAUGAUCAGCUGUCUGGCCUGCCUGCCAAGCUGAAGGCUGCCUGCAUCCACUCCAACAUGACGAUGAAACAGAGAGAAGCUGCGAUAGAAAAGGUGAAGUCAGGCCAGGUGUGUGUGCUGCUCCUCUCUCCAGAGGCUCUGGUUGGUGGUGGAGGUUCAGGUUCAGGGUGUCUGCCGUCGGCUCAGGAGCUCCCUCCUGUGGCCUUUGCUUGCAUAGACGAAGCUCACUGUGUGUCUGAGUGGUCGCACAAUUUCAGGCCCUGCUAUCUGAGGCUCUGUAAGGUGCUACGGGAGCGUCUGGGAGUUAGGUGUUUGCUCGGACUCACAGCUACAGCCACUCUGUCCACUGCUCUGGACAUCGCUCAACAUCUGGACAUCAGCGAUCAAGACGGCAUCGCAGUCAGAUCUGCAGCCGUGCCUCCGAACCUGAAUCUGUCCGUGUCGAUGGACGGAGAAAAGGAUCAGGCUUUAGUCUCGUUGCUAAAAGGUGAUCGUUUCGGUUGUUUGGACUCCAUCAUUGUCUACUGCACCAGAAGAGAGGAAACUGUUCGUGUGGCAGCGCUGCUCAGAACCUGCCUUCAAGGCGUUCUGGUGAAAGAAAACCACCAAGUCAGUGGCAGCAGCCAGACACAAAACAACCCUAUAGGACAGAGAAAGAAAGAACUGGCGCGGAAGAAGAUCCGUAAACCGCUGAAGUGGCAGGCUGAGUCGUACCACGCCGGCCUGUCGGGGUCGGAGCGGCGACGUGUUCAGAACAACUUCAUGUGCGGGGAGCUCAGAAUCGUAGUGGCCACCGUGGCGUUUGGAAUGGGCCUGGAUAAAUCUGACGUUCGUGGUAUCAUCCACUACAAUAUGCCCAAGAGCUUUGAAAGCUACGUUCAGGAAAUCGGGAGGGCAGGGAGAGACGGAGAACCGGCUCACUGUCACCUCUUCCUGGAUCCUGAGGGUGGGGACCUCCAUGAGCUGCGUCGCCACAUCUACGCAGACACAGUGGACUACUACACAGUGAAACGACUGAUCCAGAAAGUUUUCCCAGCAUGCAAAUGUAAACAGAUCCACCAGAAACAACAGGAACUCUUCAAGGAUGUUGAAGACUCGGAGCUGUUGGAGAUGAUGGAUGCGUGCGAUCAGGAGAGCAGCCCGAAUCCUCCGACUCAACAAGACCUGCUGCCUACAGAUCAACCACAACCUGCUGCUACUCAGGCACCAAAUCUCAAUUUGGCUGAGCUACCAGUCCAAGAGGACCGAGAUGAAAGAUGGGAAAAGGAGGAAAAAGAGGAGGAUGGGAAAGAAGAGCAGCCAGGUAAAGAUGUGGCAGCUGAUUGGCAGAAAGACCUGGAAGCGGAGAGCAGUGAUUGGACAAGAGAGCGAGUGUGUCACACACAUGAGAGAGCAAUUCCCAUCCAAGAGACUGUAGAGGCUCUGGACAUCACAGAGGAAGGUGUGGAAACGCUGCUCUGCUAUCUGGAGCUUCAUCCUCAGCGCUUUGUGGAGCUUCUCCAUCCCACGCUGUCUGUGUGUAAAAUCAGCUGCUACAAUGGACCGAGACAGCUGCAGAAAAUCACUAAAAUUUGCCCUCCAAUCGCUGUGGUUUUGGCCAGGAAACGGAUGGCAGGAGAGCAGGUGGAGGCGUGUGAUCAGCUGGAGUUUGAUGUCGUCGAGGUAUCGGACACUAUGGGAUGGCAGCUUCCUCUCGUGAAGAGAGGACUCAGACAGCUGCAGUGGAGCUCCGCUGGCGGUCGUAGCGGCGUCCUCGUUGAGUUCUCCUCCCCUUCUUUCUACUUCCGUUCCUACGGCGACCUGAGCGAUGAAGAGAUGGACAGAGUUUGUCAGUUCCUUCAUAAUCGAGUGCAGGACCAAGAGAGGACACAGCUGUACCAGCUCACAGCUUGUUUCAAAGCCUUCAAGAGUGUUGCCUUCCGGAGUGUGUUGUCCUGUGUAGAUGAUUUGGACGAGAGUCGCAGUUUGCAGCUGAAAAACCUCCUCUCUGAAUACUUUGACAAGAGACGAGACAGAGAACACUCGCUCAAACCGGUGGAGCUCGAGGAACUCGACAAGUUUAAGCUGAUGGACUGGGAGAAUCAGAUCAGAGCAGACAUUAGAAGUUUCCUCUGCAACCGAAGUGAUGAGAAGUUUUCAGGAAGAGCUGUUGCGAGAAUCUUGCAUGGCAUAGGCAGUCCUUGUUAUCCUGCUCAAACCUACGGCAAAGACAGACGUUUCUGGAGGAAGUACAUCCAGUUUGAUUUCAACCAGCUCAUCAGACUGGCCACUCAGGAGAUCAUUCGCUUCAAGUGAUUAAUGCACCGUACGUGCAUUCACUCCCUCAAACACCAGCUGUUUCAUACGGACAUUCCACCACGUUGAACUAUUUAACUUUUGAUGUUUUCCUUCAUAGUAUUUGUUUUAUAUGUUGGUUUAAUAGAUUUACUUUGUUUGAACUAAUUAUUAAAAUCAUUCUAUUUUUCUA